CCGUGUGUGUGUGUGUGUGUGCGCCAGUAGCAGCUUGGAGGCUGCGUGGAUCUUCACUACUACCGCGGAGCAGCAGGAACAGGAGUAGAUCGGAUUCCAAUGUGAAGCCACUCCGGAUUUGGGUACACGAUUUUUAUCAGAAGGAGCGACGAUAUUUUUUUUUUAUAUUCACGCACGGCUCUUGUAGCCCCAGACUGCCUCACCUGGAUCCACGUUAGUCUUUAUACUGCACCGGAUUAUCACUUUGGACCGAGCCAAAUCAAAUCAAAGGAUUGCACCUGUUUAUUGAAGCCCCGGGUGGUGCUAGCUACACUUUUCUCCCGUGUGUGUGUGUGUGAGAUCCUUCACACUGGAGAACCGGACCUGAGCACUAGGUCAUCGAACCCAGACCCAAAGCCAAUAAGUUGUACAGCUUCGAGGAAGGAAAUCUGCUAAAAAAAAAAAAUGCCUCUUGCACAGAUCGCCGAGCCAUGGCCCACUAUGGAACUAGUGCAGCUUGAAACCGAGAAUGGCCAAAGCACCACAGAGGAUGGAGUCACGCCUGCUGUCAAGAACCAGGCUCAUAUCUCGUGGAUAGAGAAGGACUUUGCCCAAAUUAGUGUUGAGGAUGAUGGUGAGAUCAAGGAGAUCAACAUCACCCACGUGGUCAAAGAGGGUUCGGAAAAAGCGGACGCUUCUCACUUUGAGCUUCUCAAAGUGUUGGGUCAAGGGUCCUUUGGGAAGGUGUUCCUGGUGCGCAAGGUGACUCCUCCUGAUGACAACCAGCUCUACGCCAUGAAGGUCCUAAAGAAGGCCACACUUAAAGUGAGGGAUCGUGUGAGGACCAAGAUGGAGAGAAACAUCCUGGCUGACGUCAACCACCCGUUUAUUGUCAAGCUGCACUACGCUUUCCAGACUGAAGGGAAACUCUACCUGAUCCUGGACUUCCUCAGAGGCGGAGAUCUCUUCACCAGGCUGUCUAAAGAGGUGAUGUUCACAGAGGAGGAUGUGAAGUUUUAUCUUGCAGAGCUGGCACUGGGUCUGGACCACCUGCACAGCUUUGGCAUCAUUUACAGAGACUUGAAGCCUGAAAAUAUUCUCCUAGAUGAGGAAGGUCACAUCAAACUUACAGAUUUUGGUUUGUGCAAAGAAGCCAUCGACCACCAGGAGAAGGCCUACUCCUUCUGUGGUACUGUGGAGUACAUGGCCCCUGAGGUGGUCAACAGACAAGGACACACCCACAGCGCAGACUGGUGGUCGUUUGGAGUACUGAUGUUUGAAAUGCUGACUGGAUCGCUGCCCUUUCAAGGCAAGGACCGCAAAGAAACGAUGAGCAUGAUUCUUAAGGCUCGUCUGGGAAUGCCUCAGUUUCUCAGUGCCGAGGCUCAGUCUCUGCUCAGGGCUUUGUUCAAGAGGAACCCCGCCAACAGACUGGGAUCUGGUCCUGACGGAGCGGAGGAGAUUAAACGCCACGGUUUGUUUUCCAACAUCGACUGGAACAAACUGUUCCGCAGAGAAGUCAAACCUCCUUUCAGACCGGCGGUGGCUCGCCCUGAUGACACAUUCUACUUUGACUCAGAGUUCACCUCCCGUACUCCUAAAGAUUCUCCUGGCGUGCCGCCGAGUGCCGGAGCUCACCAGCUCUUCAGAGGCUUCAGCUUCAUUGCGUCGACUCUGUUGGAAGAGGAAGGUUUAGUUGAGCCGGUGCAGCCGCCGCCUCACCCGGUGGUGCAGCAGCUUCACGGGAAGAACUUGUUGUUCAGCGACGGCUACGUGUUGAAGGAAGACAUCGGCAUGGGCUCCUUCUCCGUGUGCAAGCGAUGUGUCCACAAGGCCACCAACACAGAAUACGCCGUAAAGAUGAUCGACAAGACCAGCACGGACCCCUCGGAGGAGAUCGAGAUCCUCCUUCGAUACGGCCAACACCCAAAUAUCAUCACACUGAAGGACGUGUACGACACGGGGAAGCAGGUGUUCCUGGUGACGGAGCUGAUGCGAGGCGGCGAGCUCCUCGACCGCAUCCUCAAGCAGAAGUUCUUCUCGGAAAGGGAGGCCAGCGCCGUGCUGCACACCAUCACCAAGACUGUGGAGUACCUGCACUCACAAGGGGUGGUGCACAGAGACCUGAAGCCCAGCAACAUUCUGUACGUGGACGAGUCGGGCAACCCAGAGUCCAUUCGCAUCUGCGACUUCGGCUUCGCCAAGCAGCUGCGCGCCAACAACGGUCUGCUGAUGACGCCCUGCUACACCGCCAACUUUGUAGCCCCUGAGGUGUUGAAGCGUCAAGGCUACGAUGAAGGCUGUGACAUCUGGAGUCUGGGGGUCUUACUGUACACCAUGAUGGCUGGUUUCACUCCGUUUGCCAACGGGCCUGAGGACACGCCCAAUGAGAUCCUGAACAGGAUAGGAAACGGUCACUUCAGCCUGUCUGGAGGCAACUGGGACACGGUGUCUGACGCCGCUAAGGACUUGGUGUCCAAGAUGCUCCACGUGGAUCCGCAUCAGAGACUGACUGCCAAGCAGGUCCUCAGACACACGUGGAUCGUCCAGAGGGACAAACUACCCAACAGCCAACUCCCACACCAGGACCCCAAACUCGUCAAGGGCGCCAUGGCAGCCACCUACUCGGCCCUGAAGAACUCGCAGCCCACCCCCGAGCUCAAACCCAUCGAAAGCUCAUUCCUGGCCCAGCGGCGCGUUAAGAAGCUUCCGUCCACCUCGCUCUAGACGCUGACACGCACCUCUCCUAUCAGCUGUCGGCGAGCCUGAUGGCUCGAUGGGAUGGGCGGGGCGGGGCGGCGGAGACGACCAGCCAAGGAACAUUGACUGUGACCAUGAACACAUUUUGUCUGCUUUAGUAUGAAUGGGGUUUGUAUGUACUGUGUGUGUGUGUGUGUGUCUGUCUGUAUGUGUGUGUGUGUUCCUGCAUGACCACCAUGCCAUUUUCCUCCAGCUUGCUGCACGUUUAUUUGUCUGACUGUUUCUUCUUCUUCUGUCUCAUUGUUUGUGAAGAUGAUGAUGAUGAUGAUGAUGACGCUCCUUACACCAGCGGCUUGUGCUGCUUAAAUCCGUUUGUGCCGGCAGCACGGCAGCUACAGUCCUGUCCUAAUGCUGUUCAAAUGUUAUUUCUUUUUUAGAUAUAUAUAUAUAUCUAUAUUAGUAAUGUGAAUAAAAUAAUAUAUAUAUAUAUAAGGUAUAUAUUGCUGCCAUAAAUGCCUCCUUUGGCGUUGGUACAGCCAGAAAAUGGGGAAAUGUGGGAAAUGUUUGUCAAUGUUUUCUUUUCCCCGGUGUCAGUUUGCAUGACUAGCAGUCUCUCCUUCUCUCCGUGUGGGUUUCUUCUUUUUGGAUGAUUUCACUACAAAAUGGUGGCUUUUUGUGGAAGAGACUUGGCAUGUUCCAAAAAAUAAUAAUGAUAUUGGCUCCAUUUGUUUUGUUUAGUUUUAAAGUGCGUCAUAUCGAAUGCAUGUUUCCUGUGCUGGUUGAGUUCUGUCUAUUUGUGCGUUGCUUUAAAAUAGUGCAAGACAUACUGAACACAUUGCUAAGAAAAAAAGAAAAAAAAAAACUCAACAAAAAGUCUCUUCUUGUGUAAGAGGCUGAGCAGACUGUUCUAACUUCAUGGAAUUCACUUUUUUCCCCUCUUAAAAUCACUGCUUGUGUUUCAUUUAUUGUUAUAUUUUCUUUUUUUUUUAAUUGACAUCAAGAUAGUUUGCCCUCAGUGUGUAGGUCCUGCUUUCAGCUCGGUGCCUAAAGGCCUACUUGCUGAGGAAAUGUCCAGAAUAUUUUAUUUACAUGGAGAAAAGAAAAAAAACACACCAGAAGAAGAACUUGAUGAAUCAUCUGUCAAUCAACCAGCUGUCUUACCUCAAAAGGGAUCAAACGUUCUAGCAUUCUUUUCUUGUGUGGUGGCAAACAAACAAAAAACAACACAUUGCUCCUUUUGACUCAAAGUUGUGCUGUUUAUCUUAUUGUAUGAUGAAGAUGAAGAGUUUUAUAUCUUAAAAACAUUAAAGAUUCAGUUGCUACGGUAAGUUGUCUGCUGCG